AUGAAUAUAAAUGCUCCAUUUGGUGGAAAAAUAAUGAUCAUGGGAGGAGAUUUUCGCCAGGUGCUUCCUGCUAUUGAAAAAGGAAGUAGAGGACAAAUGAUUUCAGCGUGUAUUGUUAGGUCUCAAUUAUGGGCCACCACAAAGAUCCUACACUUGCGCCAAAAUAUGCUAUCAAUUCAUGACCACGAGUUUGCACAGUUUCUGAUGAGGAUUGGAGAUGGAAAUGAACCUGCUAAAGAGGAUGACAUGGUCAAGAUGCCUGCUGAAAUUGUAAUACCAUGGGAAGGAGAAAGCUCCAUAAAAAAGCCUAUACAACAUAAAUUUCCCCAAUUAGAAAACCAUGGGUGGGAUGCUUCAUAUAUGGUGGAGAGAGCCAUACUUACUCCCAAAAAUUGUGAUGUACAUAUGUUGAAUGACAUGAUUACUAAUAAGUUCCCUAGAGAUGAACAUAUUUUGUUAUCUUUUGAUGAGGUUGAGAGUGAUACUCAUAAUCUAUAUCAACAGGAAUACUUACGCACAAUUGCUCCUGGCCACAACGCUGGAAAAAGAGCUUUCUUGCCAAGAAUUAAGCUCAAAACCACUGAUGGUGUCGGACUUCCUUUUGUGCUUAUUAGAAAACAGUUUCAUGUCAAACUAAGUUUUGAAAUCACUAUAAAUAAAUCACAAGGACAAACAAUUCCAAAUGUCAGAAUUUAUCUUCCACGACAUGUUUUCAGUCACGGACAAUUGUAUGUUGCUUUAUUAAGAGGUGUUUCGCGGGCUGCAACAAGAGUGAUAAUUAAAGACGGAAAAGUAGAGGGGGAAGAAGGGGAUUUUACCAAAAAUAUAGCUUUUAAAGAAAUUUUGUUGUCACAACCUCAUGUAUUUAUCUAUUAUGUUUAA